AUGUUUUUCCACCAACUUGAGCGUCGAAACGACGCCCUUAACAUAAACGGGAACACUGUCAAUGGCAGGACCGCCGACAUUGCUAUCACAACUCGCGGCUCAGACUGGUACUGGACCGUGUGUGCCGUCAUGACCGUCUCUACGUUCGUCUUCGUUGGUCUGGCCCUCCGCAAGCCCCGUCACCACCGCCUCUUCCACUACAUCACGGCCGCCAUCACCAUGACUGCUGCCAUUGCUUAUUUCACCAUGGGCUCCAACCUGGGCUUUACCCCGAUUCCUGUCGAGUUCCGCCGCUCCGACCCCAAGGUCCGCGGAAUCAACCGCGAGAUCUUCUACGUCCGUUACAUUGACUGGUUCAUCACCACUCCACUGCUGCUCCUGGACCUCAUGCUCACUGCCGGCAUGCCCUGGCCUACCAUCCUGUGGGUCAUCUUUGUCGACUGGGUGAUGAUUGUCACCGGCCUCAUCGGCGCACUUGUGCAGAGCACCUACAAAUGGGGCUACUUUGCCUUCGGCUGCGCGGCUCUCAUGUACAUCGUGUACCAACUAGUAUGGGAAUCACGGCGGCACGCAAGCCGGAUCGGAGACGACGUCAACAGAGCCUUCGUGUCCUGCGGCAGCCUAACCACCAUCCUUUGGAUCUGCUACCCCAUCGCUUGGGGGGUUGCUGAAGGCGGGAAUGUCAUUGCCCCCGACUCCGAGGCCAUCUUCUACGGCGUGCUGGACCUGCUAGCCAAGCCUGUCUUCGGCGCCUUGCUUAUCUUCGGCCACCGCAACAUCGACCCCGGCCGCCUUGGCCUGCACCUCCGCGACUACGACGAGGACCCUGCGUACCGCUCUGGCCACGUCGAGAAAGGCCACCAUGCCGAUGGCGCUAGGAAUGGCGUCACGAAUGGCCACCAUGCUACUGAUGGCCACCACGCUACUGACGGAGCACAGGCGGCUUAG